CCCUCCGCGGCCAUGGCGGCCUGCUCCUUCCGGCGGAGCAUCGCCUCCCAGCUUUCAAAAAUUUUGGAUCUGCCACCAGAAAACUUAAUAAAGUCCAUAUCUGCAAUUCCUGUCUCCAAAAAACGGCAAAUUGGUGAUUUCCAGCUUUCCAUUGAUUCCAUAAAAGAGUACAGUUCUAGCGAUCACUCACCACAAGAUCUUCAGCUUCGAGCUCAGACAUUGGCAGAAAAGCUUAAAUGCGAUGCUGUAGUGAGUGAAAUCAGCACUGGUCCAGGAACAGUGAACUUUACAAUAAACAGAGAAUUAUUAGCAAAGACUGUAUUGCAGCAGGUGUUGAAAGAUGGCUUGGAAUAUGGAAUAAAAAGUGAACUCUUUUCUACAGUGCCUAAACAAAAGGCAGUGAUUGAGUUCAGCUCCCCUAAUAUUGCCAAAAAGUUUCACAUAGGACACUUGCGGUCCACGAUAAUAGGAAAUUUUAUAGCAAAUCUCAAAGUUGCGCUGGGACAUCAAGUAACAAGAAUCAAUUACCUUGGCGACUGGGGCAUGCAGUUUGGCUUACUGGGUGUUGGUUUCCAAAAGUUUGGCAACGAAGAAAAGCUAAAAUCCAGUCCUUUACAACAUCUUUUUGAGGUGUAUGUGCAGAUUAAUAAAGCAGCAGAAGAUGAAAACAUAAAAAAGCUGGCCAAGGAUUUCUUUAGAAAGCUGGAAGAACAUGAUGAGCAGACAUUGUCCCUUUGGAAACAGUUCAGAAGCUACAGUAUUGAAGAAUACAUUCGGAUUUAUAAGCGGCUAGGGGUGCACUUUGAUGAGUAUUCYGGAGAAUCAUUUUACCAAAAGAAGUCUCAGGAAGUUCUGAAGAUGUUGGAGGAAAAAGGACUUCUUCAGAAAACAGCGAAGGGGACAGGAAUUGUGGAUCUCUCGGAAAAGAAGGACCUUUCAUUGUUUUCCACUGUCAUGCGUAGCGAUGGGACAUCUCUGUAUAUAACAAGAGAUCUUGCUGCUGCUAUAGAUCGAAUGAACAAACAUGACUGUGAUAUUAUGAUAUACGUGACAGAUAAAAGUCAAAGUAAUCACUUUCAACAUUUGUUCCAAAUACUGAAGCUAAUGGGUUAUGACUGGGCAGAAAGGUGUCAGCACGUGGCGUUCGGGUUAGUUCAAGGAAUGAAGACUCGGAGAGGAGAAGUUAUUUUCCUGGAAGAUGUUUUAGACGAAGCUCGCUCGCGGAUCCUGCAGAACAUGGCCUCUGCAAAAACGACCAAAGAGGUAGAAAACCCUGUGGAAACAGCAGAGAAGAUUGGUCUUGCAGCACUAAUAAUCCAGGACUUCCAGGGCCUCCUGUCGUCUGAUUACCAGUUUAGUUGGGAUCGAGCUCUUCAGAGCCGGGGGGAUACAGGCGUGUUCCUGCAGUACACACAUGCCAGGCUCCACAGUUUAGAGCAGCUGCAUGGGAAGGGGCAGCUGACUGAUGUCAAUGUGGCAUCCUUGCAAGAGCCAGAGGCCAUCUCAGUUCUUCAGCAUCUUCUCAGGUACGACGAGGUCCUGUACCGGUCAUCCCAGGAGCUGCAACCCAGGCACCUGGUCAGCUACCUCCUCACGCUGAGCCACGUGGCCGCUGCCGCCCACCGAGCCCUCCCUGUGAGAGGCAGCGCCCCAGCCCUAGCCCAGGCCCGGCUCUGCCUCUUCCGCGCCRCGCGCUCCGUCCUCGCUCACGGAAUGAAGCUCCUCGGCAUCACGCCCGUAACUCGAAUGUAACAGAGCUGUACGCGGCGUAGCCUCAAAGACCUUGGCGGAGAAGGUGGCGUUUGUCUUUUCCCAGAGGAUACAGACAGGCUGCCGCUGCGAGCUGCUGCUCACACGGCGGAGAUGCGCGGGCUGCAUCACACGGAGCGGCGUGGGCAGCGCUGCGGGCACCGGUGCCGCCUCCAGCACCCAGGCACUGGCACCCAUGUCCUGAGCCAUCCUGGACAGCCGGUGUCCUGGAUCCGGACACCUGGACACCGUUUUCAGGUCCCUGAAGACGGACCGAGUGAGGCCGCAAACGGGAAGGAGCUCUGAGACUGCAGCCUUGGCGCUUCUCCGUUAAACCGAAGCCUGACGUACACCACGGAAACUGCUUCCAAGCAUCACUCUGUAAUGCCCAAAAGGACUCGGAGGCGGAUAAAAACCAACCAGUCCAAUGCCUUGAUUUGAUUCCUUAUUACUAGCGGAGAUAAGGA